AUGGAUGAUUCAGAAGGGUUUACAGUGGAGGAGAAGAAGACUCCUAAUUCUAUCGAAGUAAGCUCAUAUGGUGUGUAUCACAGAAACAAUAAAAUUUGGCCAACACUGAAGCCGUUUGUUAAUGGAUUCCUGGCUGGACAGCUCACAUUACUUGGUUGCUAUGGUGCUUACUGGUCUGCCAAGUUAACGUUGUAUCUUGCUGAAGAAGCCCAUGAUCACCAUAAUGCUGCCAAAAUCAGGACUGCCUUACAUGCGGUUAGGAAGAAUUUGCCACAUUGGAAGCUUUUUCAAGCGACUUAUGCAACUGCACAAUUUGGAUCAUUCGACAUUUUAACGAAAAAGGUUGAAGCUGCGAAUGGUGGCCUGCGUUUAACACUCUACCAAGAAGCUUGUUGUGGCCUCAUCUCUGGCGGUAUUGCAGGCAGCUUUUAUUAUCCAUUUGCUUCUCUAAGAGCUAGCUCUUCGCAGUCUGCUGAGACACAAAUCAACUACAGAAACUUGUUUGCUUCUCUCUCUCAUAAAACUAGAAGCGAAGGGCUCUUUGCAUUGUGGAAAGGCUCAGGUGCUGGAAUUGUUUCAGCUUUCUUUGCAGCAGCCUGUGGCUGCCCAUGGCCUCACAUUGCCGCAAUUAAGCGUAUGAUUCAAGCUGAUGGAGGCAGAAAGCAUUCACACAGAGAUGCUCUAUAUUAUGCAAUGGCUGAACCUGGAAGAUGUCCGGGCACUCGUGGAAGAAAAGGGAUUAUAGCAUCAGAACAGUUCAUGGUAGAUGGAUGGGGAGAUAUGAAACCUACAUCCAAACUAAUGUCAAAGGCACUGAAAGAAUACUAG